AUGUGCAGCGGCGUCGGCUGCUUCUGGGCGCUGCUCUCCGCGGGGCUCCUGGCCGCCUGCGCCGCCGCCUUCCUCUCCCCGGCCUGGCUGCUGCCGCCCGGGAGAGCCGCCGCCGGCUUCGGCUUGCUGUGGCGGUGCUCCGGCCCGCCCCGCGGCUGCCACGGCUCCGCCGGUCCCGGCGGCUUCGGAGACAUCCCCUCCGGCUCCUGGCAGACAAGUGCCGUGCUGUGUGCGGGAGGCUGUGCCCUGCUGGCCCUCAGCUCGCUGCUGGCCAUCAUCGCCGUCCUGCUGCCCAGCGGAGCCUGUGAGAGGAAAGUCUGCACUCUGGCCGGCUACAUGCAGACAGCAGCAGUGUUCAUUAUGGCUUCUGGGCUUUUGGUUUACCCUUUUGGUUUCAACUCUGCUACUGUGAAGAAAUUCUGUGAGAAUUCAGACAUCUACUAUGCAGGAGACUGCCAGAUUGGAUGGGGGUAUAUGCUGGCAAUUGUGGGGGUCAUGUUGUCUGUCUUUUUACCAUUCUUUGCAAAAUAUGCACCAAAAGAGCACAUAUCUCCGACUCCAAUACCUACUAUUUUAUAGUAUUUUAUUACUGUUUAAGAACAGAACAUUCCUGUCUACGGGCAAUGGGCAGCAGUUAUUAUAGCACUUCCAUUUAGCUGUAUUGCUAAAGAGAAAAAAAGAAAAAAAGAAAAAAAAAAAAAAAAAGGAGAUGGGGAGAGAAGGUCAGAUUCACAAAGACCAAAAGUGCAUUGAUAGUCUUCCGUACACACGAGCAGCGAACGCUCUGGAAUUAAACUAAGAUGAAUCAGCAGCCUUUGUGCUGCUCCGAACACAGCCUUAGCAAAAGUUGGUAUCAGUUUAUCCUCAGAACAUCUGUCUACCUCCCAGGCUGUUUCUUUUGUGUCUCAAAACCUUAAGACUUUUAAAAAGUUUCAAUCCACUUUUUAUAUAUUAUUAAAUGUGAAAGCUUUUAUGAACCCACUAAUUUUAAAACCAAUAACAAUAUUUUGUUAUAAUUAUUUUGGUUAAUUAAAAAAAAAAAAAAAAAGCCUACUAGUAGCCAUGGCC